AUGUGUACUUGUUUAGGACCUCGGGUGGUGGGUGGGCGAGAGAAGAAAGAAACUCGGGAGAAACGGGAAGCAAAUGAGAAGUAUACACGGGCAGAAAUGUCCAAGGGCGAUGGGGUCAUGCUUAAAGAUUGA